CUCCUCUCCCUCGCCCUUUUCCCAUCCUGGGCUUCUGUUCCUCUGGCAUUCUCCUUUUACACAGUGUUAUAUUUUAUAUAUUGAAGUAUCUGCUUCCUUUCCAUAAUGGAUUGUGUGAUAAGCUGUACAGAAUUGAGAGCAAUGGCUUCAUUUUUCCGAGGAGUUAUUACAAGUUCACCGGUAAAGACCACGAUGCAGGAAGACCAAGCUUGCUACAGUUUUGAUACAUCCUUCUUCUCCGAUUCCUCCUACGAGUGUUUCUCCACCAAUCCAGUAACAGGCUCAGUAUGUGUGUGCCGGCGGAGUCCACGACUCCUUGCCAAUGGUUACUAUGUACUAACAGAAGACAGCAUUGGGACUGAUGAUGAGGGUAACCUGACCUUCACUCCGACACAGACCAACAUCUCCUACAAAGAAAACCUUAUCCGAAUUUUCCGUCGAAGGCGGAAAGUCAGAAGUUCAUUGGCCAGCCUUCUGAAUGACGUCAGCCAGUCAUGUCAGUCAUGGCUGGGGGGGAGUGUCUUCAGUAGAACAGACUCCACUACUGUGGAUGAAGUAUCAUCAAGGUUAGAUGAUACCAACAGCACUGAAAAUGAUCCACCCAUUUGUUUUACAUAUGAUCCUACAGAAACUCAUCCUCCUCCAGACAAACAAACAUUUUUGGAAGAGGAGGAGUCUCAGUAUAAAGUUUACUCUGCCGAUGAGCAGCCUAGCCAGUCUUUGACUGGCCUGCUGGAUGUCCCACCACCUACAGAAUCUCUCUAUAACAGUCAUUAUCCACCUACCAACCAACCCUCAGAUGGAAUGAUUUUUAAAGCCCUUCUCCUCUUCAUCCUAACACUCUGUCUCUGUGCCACUGUGUUCUCCAGAUGUGUGAUGGAAGGAAUUGCUGUGGUAGUGGCCAUCGUUUAUCUCAUCUCAUCAAUAUGUAAAUGCAAGUCUGGAACAACAGUGCGAUGGAGUCAAACCAAGACUGAGGAUAUCACCUCCAGAAAUGAGUGAUGAAGAAAUGCGUGUGGACAAAAUUUCACAAAGGCAAAUGCAUGUGCGUGUGCAUGCACACACCAACACACACAAACACACCUGAAUCUGUGUGUGAAGUUGAAUCUGAAUGUGAGGACACAAGUUUGUGUCAACACUUCAUUAUUCUGUAGUAGCCGAAGUUCAGAUCACGCGGAUUAUUAUAGUAAUUUCUUUAAUGUUGAAUGCAUAAUGUCUCCCUUUCAUACACCAUCCUUUUCUUUUUAUUAGUCUACUUGGUAUCCACAUAUUUCAGGGUGUUUUUAUUAACAGUUCCCACUGCAGAAAAACAAGUUUUCAAAUUAGUAAGGCAUUCCAAGUAAAGGAAAGGACCUGGCGAUGCGGUGAGCACAUUAGAAGCAGGCAAUCAGAAAAGAUAUAACUUAUGUGUGUAGAAAUUCAAAUCAUGACUGGCACUCAGUUUUUAUAAUUCUUCACAGCAAAUGGUGUUAUAGUGAAAGCUCCCUCGAGUAUAUGCAAAUUAGUGCGUGUACUACAUUUGUACUAUUGGUAUAAUUUUGUUAAUGUUAUUACUUCUUGUUGGUACUGUUAACUUGUAUAUAAUCUAAUCAUCCUGGUUGUUUGGAUUGUUCUCUGGGUCAGGUAUUCAGAGUUUAAAGCAAAUCAAUUAUGACCUUUUUGUGCACACAGUGACAUCAAUAGAAAUAGAAAAAAAAUAGGCUGUUGCUGCUUUGACGACAUGGUAGUGUUAUAAGCAGGCCACCUUCAACAAACAUGACUUAAUGUGAGUUCAGAGCUUAGUGCAAGCGUUCUGUAAUGUGGUGUUAAUAUAAUAAACUCAGUUGUAAUGAGCUCAGCAGAUUAUUUGAACUACCGAUCUAAAUUUUGCUGUAUGGUGAGAUCAGCACAAACUUUAUGUAUUUUUAAUGUAUUUUAAUGUAUUGAUUGGGCUUUCUUGACUUUGGCAGUAACCAUUUAAAAAGAUCCAUACAUUUCCAGAGAUAUCUGGUCAAUUAACUUUAUUUAAGUUAAAAUCAGAGGGAAACAACACAAUGUAAAAUUGUCAUAGCAGUUCAAUUUCACAGUGCCACCACAUGGAUCACAAUAAGCUUAUACUCUUUGUUGUUUGCAUUUUGCCAUUUGUGCUUUAAAUGAAAUUUGCGAUAGUGUAAAAUGGCAAACUUUCCCCUUUAAAUGAGGAGUGAUAUUGGGCCUAAAAUCAGUGCCAGCUUUCCUGUGGAUUGGUAGUGCAUAUUGCUUACUGCUCUUAAGUGCCUUCCCCAAUUCAUUCUUGGGGACUCAGCUGAGAUCUGAACCUGAAGUCUGGCUACAGGGUGCACCUCCCUAGUACUAUGGUGCUUUGAGUUUGUGCUGAACUAUUGAAUCACUACAAGAGGGUAUGACUUCUGUUCUGUUACAUGUAAAUUCUGUUACAUGGUCUAGCCUUUCUUUAAUAUUUUGAGACAUAGUUGCUAGUGCUGCAUAGUGCAAACUAGCUUGUUUAACAGGAUUAUAGACCCAAUAAACAAAUAUUACAGUGAGCCUUUGAACAAAUAUUUAAAUAUUUGGGUGCUAUUGAACAACAGAAUUGUUGGAUGCUUGGAAAGUGCCUGUAUAAGCUUAAAAACAAACAAGCAUAAAAGUAACUUACAAUUUAUGGAUUUAAAGACUGGUUUUGAGUAAAUGAGUAAGAAAUUCUGGACAUAAGGACACUGAGCUGUUAAAUUUAGCAUGAAAUGCAAAAAGAAAUUUAUCAGCAUAUUUAACUUGAUUUUUAAAAUAAUAAUCGCUUAAGUCAGUAAGGAACAGCACUCAUGUGAUGACUAUGUUGGUGUGAUAAUGAAUUAUCAGUCAGUCUUCAUGGCCCGCAGGACAUGAAUUAUUAAGAUGCAUUUAGCUUGUAUUUAAACCCUACAUUAUAUACCAAGGGCAUGUUGUUUUGUGACAGUGAAUGUGAAGUAAGCAGGCAAAAAUAAUUUUUAAUGGUAAGUCACCACUGGCACUGCAAUUUAGUCGAAGAACUGGAAGUAAUACACAUCCAGGAAGCUUGUCUAAAGUGUUUUACCAUACAUGGACAGUGUUUAAAUACUUUAAAAAGUGUCAAACCAAGACAAAUGCUUUUAGGUGAAGACUUUGUUACAUUGAACACAUUGUUUGAAGAAGAAUGGAGUGACUUGGCAAGUACCCAAAAGAGUACUUGAGGUUUUGCGAGUUGCUUAUGGGGAAAGCAGUCAAUGUGCCCUGUGACCUGCAGGCAUGAUGGUACCUACCAGGGGCCAUAACCACUGAACUGCCAGUGCUGUAAUACAUGAACUAAUUUGCUACACAUGCAUGAAUAUAUUCCCACUGCAAUUCUCAAUUUGGGAUUAAAUGCACUUAAUUCAAAUUUAACCUUAACUAUAGAUUUUACUUAGCUGGCACAUUUAUAUUACAGUGAUAGUAGAAAUAGAACAGCUGUCUAUAAAUAUGUAAUAAAUUUACAUAGUUUGUAUGGUGCAUUUGUACACAGAAUUUUGCAAAAUCGCAAGUGUUUUUACCAGGUAUUUUAUGUAUUUUUACAAUGGGUCAUGAAAUGCAGAAUAUAAUUCUCAAUAAACUAAUUUGAUAACCA